ACCCACGAUGCUUCUGCAAGGAGGAUGUAGCUGUCGGCUGGACGAAUUUAACAGAUAUGAUUUAAGGUGUUCACACCAAUUUCAAGAUGUCUGAACACGGAGAUGGAGAUGGAGAUGGAGAUGCAGAAGCGAGUGUUUCUGCCACUUUCAGACCAUCAUAUGCUCUGGGUCGAGGACUGCCAGGCCGAAUAUCACUGAAUCCACCUCCACCAGGCAGACUGACUUCUCUGCGCUCCAGAGAUCUGACUCUGGGUGGCUAUAAAAAGGUUUCACCUUCUAAUGUCAACGGUUCAAUAUCAAAUGCUUUAAUUUCAUCAAGUCACUUUUGUGUGCAUGUUUUUGCUCUUGCAGGUAACUGGAGCGGCUCUACCCUGAGUGACUGUGAUCCUACACUUGUCACAAAAUGCAUUAAAAAGGAAAAGAAAAAUACUGAGGAUGAUGAUGAUGAUGAAAUUUUACAAAAACUCCAACGAGAUGAUUUUUUGGAUGAUCCUGGAUUAAAAAAUGAUCCCAAGCAAAGACCAAUCAGACUUCCAUUCUAUCAAUCAUGCAACUUUCUAUCAACAGAUGCAGCUAGUUCAUUUAAAGAAGAGACGGCGUCUGAUAAAGCACUGAAAUCAGCCAGAGCUGAGCAGACAUACCCUGUGCCAGGGAGGGGCACGCCUGCAUGCCCGCAGCAGCCAACGCUUGGAGAACUGUUUCAACAGCUGACUGUUUCAGAUAAGGAAGAACUACUGUUUAUUCAACUUCCUGAUACCAUACCUGGUCAACCUAAAACCUCGAGCCCAGAGAAAACCAGAAAGGAUGGCAAGACUGAAGACAAGCGCGCAUCCCAAAUUAAAGCUCUUGAUCAGCCUGAUAAAGCCGCUGUACCGAUGCUGUCUGACUUCUCAGAGGGCCUGAUUGGAAAACUGCAAAUCAGAAAGUCUGGUAAAGUCCAACUGGUCAUGGGAAAUGUUACAUUAGAUGUCUCAGAGGGAGCGGCCUUCUCUUUCCUACAGGUGAGUUAACACGUUGUCA